CGGGAUAGAAUGACGUGGAUACCUUGUCCACGCGGAAAUGUUUAAUUUAAAGAUGAACGAGUUUGCUCUGACCGAUCUUGAAAAGUACACAAAAGCGCUUGAACAGGCAAUCAUGCGGUAUCAUACAAUAAAAAUGGAAGACCUGAACAAGCUGAUUCGGGAAAUGUGGAUAAGCACCUACCGAGGCGGAGACAUCGACUACAUUGAGAUUCGCUCGGAUAAUGAAGGUUCAGCUGCCAACCGAUCCUAUAACUACCGGGUCGUCAUGAUCAAAAACGAAAAAGAAGUCAAUAUGCGUGGCCGGUGCAGUGCAGGACAAAAGGUGCUCACAUCGAUCAUUGUACGACUGGCAUUGGCGGAAGCAUUCUGUGUCAACUGCGGAAUAUUGACUCUGGAUGAACCAACGACGAACUUGGACCGGGAAAACAUCGAAAGCUUGGCAAGCAACUUAUCAAGACUGGUCGAGACUCGGCGAGCAAGCCAUACACACUUCCAGCUCAUCAUCAUCACCCACGAUACUGAGUUUGUCGAGCAGCUGCGUCGUUCCAAUGUUGCCGAGUACUUUAACCAUGUUCACAAAGAUGACAACCAAUACUCCAAGGUCGAUCGGGUGAGGAAUGCAGCUUCCUAAUUCGUAACGUAGCAAUACGCAAGCCGUUACCAUAUUUGGAAUAUUCGCCAGCCUCUUACCGACUAGCAUUAAAGUAGACGGAGCAAAUGC